AUGGCGCCUACUGCACAUACUCCAAAGAGCGGCAAAAAGAAGGGAAAAAACGUGGCGGACGAUGCGAAUAUUGGCAAUGGGAAUGAAGAGGGUUCGGUACCCACGCUUACCGUUGGUGAACAAUUACUGCAACAGAAGUUAAAGGAAUCGAACCGACAAAAGAAAGAGGAAUUCGACGUGUUGCUAAAGAAAAAAGAAUCGGUGGCAAGGAAGUUGACUCGCAUACAAGUUUCGUUGGAAGAACCUGAGACAGCAGAUAAACAUUAUUUGCAACUCCAGUUGAAAAUGUUGGAUUGUGCUUACAAUGAAUACUGUGAUUUACAGAAUCGCAUAUACGACCUAAACACAAGUGACGAAAUACAGUGUGCGGAAGAAAUGCGAUUUAUUGAGUUUGAACAGCUGUACAGUGCACUCUAUGUACAGUUAACGAAAAAAUUUGAAGCAUCAGUAAAAAGUGAGAUGAAACCAGUGGUAGUGCAACCCGUUCACAGUCAGUCGUCUGUUCCUCCUUUGAAGGUUCCGUUGCCAACAUUCGACGGGAAUUUCGAAAAUUGGUUCGCGUUUAAAAAUAUGUUUGAGAACGUGAUGGCACGCUAUGACAAUGAAUCCCCGGCCAUCAAGUUGUAUCAUUUACGCAAUUCAUUAAUUGGCACAGCUGCCGGAGUGAUAGACCAGGACAUCAUAAAUAAUAAUGAUUAUGAUGCUGCCUGGAAGACGCUACGUGAGCGUUUCGAAGAUAAACAAGUGAUCAUUGAUAAACAUAUCGAUGCGAUGUUCAACAUACAAGUAAUGACAAAGGAAAGCGCAGUAGGUCUUCGGAAGCUUAUUGACACAGUUUCGAAAAACGUCGACGCUUUAAAGAAUCUGGAUUUGCCGGUGGAAGGAUUGGGCGAAAUGAUGCUCUUGAACGUGCUUGUGAAAAAAUUCGACCUUGAGACACGUAAAGCGUGGGGAUUAAAUCAAAAGGACAAUGAGUUAGCGGAUUAUAAUUCCACUAUGGAAUUUCUCAAAGAAAGGUGUAAGGUGUAUGAAAAAAUAAGUCGUAGUAGCAAGGUGACAACAGAAGUGGUGAAACAAUUACGUACCGCUGGAAAAACGGACACAAAGGUACACAGCCUUGUUACUACCAGUGAGAAGUGUUCGCACUGUAAAGGAGAUCAUGAAAUCUGGUGGUGUGAAGUUUUUAAGAAAAUACCAGUGAAUGAAAAAUACAAUUCUCUACGCAAGAGUGGUUCCUGUUUCAACUGUUUGGAGAAGGGACACGUCGUAGGAAAGUGUAAAUUGGAGCGGUCGUGCAAGCAGUGUGGCAAACGUCAUCAUACGUCACUGCAUCCCAUCGAAGUGCAUUCAGAGGAUUCGACGUUACAACAAUCGAACGUUGUAUCCAAAAUAGAUUCAUCGAAACCAACGAUAGAGGUCGCUGAUACUACGGCGACGCCAACAACCAGCAAAUCUGUUCUUUGCACGAAUGUCGAAGCUGACCAAGACACAUUACUGGCCACAGCCAUUGCACUCAUCCACGGUUCUAGGAAGAGAAUGAUGCAGUGCAGGGCAGUACUGGAUUCUGCUUCACAUAAGCAUUUUAUCACGGAAGCUAUGGUAGCUAAGCUUGGAUUAAAGCGAAAAAGGGCCAAUUAUACGAUCGUUGGUAUUGGUGGCAACCAGAUAGCCAUCCAGCACAAAGUGCACGCGAGAAUCAAAUCGAAAGUGAAAGACUAUGAGUCACAGUGUCUUGAGUUCUUGGUCGUGAAGACAAUCACAGGUGAUCUACCAAUGCAGCAUUUCGAAACUGCCCAACUGAAUAUUCCAGAAAACAUUCAGCUGGCUGAUCCUGAAUUCAACGUACCCGGUCAGGUAGACGUCUUGAUCGGAUCAGGUUUAUUCUUCAAGCUCAUCAAACAAGGACAGUUUCAGUUGGCGGAUAAUUUGCCUGCUGUACAAGAAACUUCGCUCGGUUGGAUCGUGAGUGGCUUAAUUCCAACUAACCAAUUGGGAAUUGGCGGUACGCUUUGCACGGUAGUAACUGAAGAUGAUGUCGGUAAGUUACUACUUUGA